AUGAAUGACCCUGAAACGGAAAAUGAAAACAGGGAAAACACAGGCAAUUUUAUACUUAAUAACAAAAACGUAAAUGAAAAUAGCGAUUAUGGCUAUUAUGGCGAUCAUAACGAUUGUAAUAUUCACAGUGACCAUAGCGAUUCAUUUGAAGAAAAUUUAUUUAACGUAAAUAAGAAGUAUAUCGCAAAUGUAGCAACAAAAGAACAGACAUACAAAGAAUAUAAAUUUAAAAAUAAUGAAUAUGCAAACAGUUAUGUGGGAAACUCAGUAAAUUAUGAACAGAAUAAACUUAAUGGCAAUUUCGAAAAAUGGGAAAGGUAUAAUUUUAAUACCCCAUGUGGCUACAAUUACGGGAAGGGGGAGAAAGAUGUAGAAGCAGAUCAAAACAAAAAUGAUGAUAAGCAGGAAGAUGGAAAAUAUGGUGGUGAUGGUAAUGAUGAUGAUGGAAUUGAUGAGCAGGAGAACGAUAAGGAUGACAACGAGGACGUUUUGAAAUAUUACGCAGUUGUUAAAAACGACAAAAUGAAUGACGAAAAUCUGCAGAAUCAAAUUGACAGUUUGCUAAAUUUUAAUAAAAAGAGCGAAACGUAUGAAGAAAGAGAAAAAAACUUAUCAUUAGGAUCAUUAUAUAAUGAAGAAAUUGAUAGUACCUUAUUAUAUGAUGAGAUGAAAGAGGAAGAUUUAUAUUUUUCUCUUUUUUUGGAAGAUUUAAAUAAAUUGAAAAAAGUACCGAUAAGUGAAUAUGGGGAUUAUACAUGUAAAAAAUUUGAAAAUAAGAAAAUCGAAGAAAACAAUAAUCAUGUUAAUAAUUUUGAUUUAAAUAAUACCAUUAUAUAUAAACAGAAUAUUGUGCAUUCGAUUAAUAGCAGGAAUGUUCUUUUUAGUGAAAAAAGGCUAUUAGAUAUCAAUAAUGUAAACUUAAAUAACAUUCUAUAUUUUUAUUUUUGUUCUAAUCAAGAAAAUGUAUUAAAUAUGGAGAAAAAAAAUAAUCAUGUAUACUCCUACGACUCUUACAUAUUUGAUACUGAUGAUCACUUAAACGACUACUCAAGUAAUGCUAAUUUGGACAGUGAAACGAACUCGAGUAGUAGUAUAAGCGAUGAAGAAUUGUUGUUACUGAAACAUAACAAUGCUGAUGAGGAGGAAGACGCCGAGGAGGGGGGCGAUUAUGCGAAUGAGGACGAAAUAUACUUCAGCAGAAGAAAAGGCAAAAAAAAAAAAAAAAAAAAAAAUGGAAAUAACAAAGGAAAUAUAAGGGGAAAUGGAAGAAGAAAUGGACGAAGAAGUGGACAAAGAAGUGGACAAAGAAGUGGACAAAGAAGUGGACAAAGAAGUGGACAAAGAAAUGGACAAAGAAAUGAGGGAGGAAAUAUGAGAGAAAAUAUGGGAGAAAAUAUGGGCAUAGAUGAGGGUCAACCGUGGGAACAAGAUAUGGAGAGAAAAAAAAGGGUCAAAAGGUACAAGAAUAACGAGAAAAGGUUAGCAUCAGUCGAACCGACAAAAAUGAAUAAAGAAGUAGAAUCUCUAAUGAACAAGGCCAACAAUUUAUAUAUUAGCAAAAAUUUUGAGGAGUGCAUAGUUAUAUUAGAAACGGUUAUAAAACUUUCCCCAUGUUACCAUGAUCCUUUUCAUUUAUUAGGGUUAAUAUAUGAGCUGGAAUUUAAAAAUUUGAAAAAAGCAAUAAAUUAUUAUACCAUAGCAGCUCAUUUAUCACGUAAUGAUUUCUUAUCUUGGUACAAUAUUAUAGAUUUGUGUAAAAUUGAAAAGCAGUAUAACACUGUACUUUACUGUUUGUACAGAGUGUUAAAAUUGUACAAGAGGAAAAGGGAAAAAUGGAAAAGGAUCAAUGGUGAUAACUGUUGUAAUAGCAAUAGUAGCGAUGGAAACGAUAUGAGAUUCUUCCCAAAUGAGGGAGAAAGAGUUAGUGAUGGAAUGGAAGGCACCGAAGAGGAUGCUUGCUGUGAUGGCAUCGAAGGGCAGAAGGAAUAUGUGAAAAGGUAUAUGUAUGAAGAGGAUAUAAAGGAGAACAACAAAAAAAGAUAUAGCACAAAUAAUAACAGGGAGAGGAUCAACACUAGAUGGAGUAGCAGCACAAACGAGCUUGACAACUUUAUGAAACACCUAUAUUUCAAUCUAGCAUUUACGUAUAUCUUGUUGGAGGAUUAUAAGAAUGCGCUAAAAAAUUUAUUAGUUCUAAAAAAUAAAAGUAAUACUACUAAUAUUAUUGUAGAUAUGUAUAUAUGUUUAUGUUUAAUAAUUUUGAGAAGUCCUACCGAGUGUUAUCAUUUUUUGAAAAGUAUGUAUCUACAAAUAAUGAGAGAAAAGGGGAAGAACAUGAAGAGUAAUGAGGAUGGGGAAAAUGGUCCAUAUUUGCUUACCGUAUCUAACGGAUCAAAUUGGAAAUACGACUGGAAAAGCAGCUGGAAAGAGGGGAUGCAUUUUCCGAGUGUAUCUAACCAGCCGAAUGUCCAUUUCACGUAUACGGAAAAAACAGUUAUUUCUCUACUAAUGCAAACGCAGAUAUUAAAUAGUAAAUACGAUGAAUGCAUUUUUGUUUUUAAAAAAUUAGAAAAAAGAAGUGAUGACAUUCUUCAUAUAGAUAUAUUCAUACAAUAUAUUAAGGCAGUAAUAAUAACAGGGUAUAAUGUACACUUUUCAUAUUUGUUAAAAGCCCCAUUUUUGCGCUUUAUAUUUAGUAAUGACUAUUCCUUUUAUGAAGACGUAAUCUUUAACAUAGCUGAAUCAUAUUACGGUAGAUGCAUGUACGAAGGGGGGAUUCAUUUUUAUCGAUGUAUUUACAAAAGGGGAAAAAGUAGUGUAUUAAAUGGGAAAAAGGGUAACUAUUAUAGGAACCCAGAUGCAGGUGUAGGUGGAGAUGGUACAUUUCGUCAGGCUACUAAUAGUCAUAGCGGUAGCGGUAAGGAGUGGGAUAAACUCCAAAGGAAUACUGCUCACGAAUUAGUAAAUGUAAUGAGCGGAAAGAAUAGUGAAGAAGCGUUCCACAACUCCAUUUCAUCAAACAUAGGUAACAUAUCACUGUCGAUGCCAUUACAUCUACCAGCACCUGUACCAACGAACGAUGUAAUAAUAAAAUUUGAGAACGAAGUAAAUUUUGUAAAUGUUGUUUAUAAGUUAGUCAAGUGUUACUACUUUUUGGAAAAUUACAGCAAAGCAGAAAAGAUAAUAUUGAAAAUUUUAAAUAAUGAAAAUCUGAGUAAGACUAACAUGGAAAUUGAUAUAAAAAUGUUAUACAUUGACAUUUUAUAUAAACUAGAAAAAUAUAAUAAGUCAAUAAAUGUGUUAUUAAGUAUUAAGGAAAAGAGGUUAAGAUCCAUUUGUUCUAUGCCAAAACCAUUAAGUAAUAAGGAGAGAGAAAUACUUCUUCUAAAAUUGUUAAACCAGAAAAAUAAACUAUUACUUUAUACAUGUCAUAAUAGUUAUAUUGUACAUAUUUUUUAUAUUUUUCAAAAAAAAAAAUAUAUAUACUAUAAAUAUGAUAAUUAUAUAUCCAAGAGUAAUAUAAAUAGUAUAAUUAGAAUAAAAGAAAAUAUUUGCUUCUGCUAUUUCUGUGUUAAAUAUAACCUGUUUAUUUUAAAUUAUUUAUAUUUGUAUAACAUUUUAAGUUUAAUGAAUAGUAAAAAGGAGGUGCAAAAAGAAAAUGUACAAAGAAUUCGAACCUUGUUUAAAUAUAGAGAGUAUUUACUAUUUCUCGCUUGCUCAUUUAAUAUUUUUAAAAAAAGAAAAAAACAGCAAGAUAUGAAUAUUAUCUAUGGACAUGUACAACUGGUCCAGAUGCAGCUCUUUUACAAGGGGAUCCUAAUAGAGGACUUGAGCCACACGCUUUUUCAAUGGGGAGAUACAGAUGGUAGAAGUAGGGGUUGCAGCAAGAGAGGAAUCAAUGGAAAUAGGAUUAGCAGUGCAGGUUGUUCUAGUAGUGUCAACUGUGGAAGUAACAGUUACAGUCCUUGUGAGGAUCUCCUCAAUCAUGACAACUGCAAUGGUUAUAACCUUUGCUGUGGUCCUGAUGACGAUGCAAGGGAGAGUGCGUGUGGAACAAAGGGUAACAGCGGUAAUUAUAAGAAUGAAGAAGUAAGAAUAAGAAAAGAGUUUUAUAGGAAUCUUUCCAAAUUUAAAUGUGAUAUAGAAGCAGAGAUACUGAACAGUAAAAUAGUUAUGAAAUUUUACAAAUUUAGUUACAACUUGUUUUAUUUCUUAUAUGAAGUAGAAAAUGAUUUUAACAGAAUACAUACUUAUAUGGAAAAGGAAAUUUUAAAUUAUAAAAAAGGGAUAGGGGGAGCAGAUGGAAGCAGAAUUGGAAAUGUUAAUGGAAGAGAUAGAGGGAAAGGAAGAAGCAGGUAUAGUAGGGAUGCUGCAAAUGGGACAGAUGAUAACUGCUUGUUUGUAAAUGCAGGUUAUAAUCCUUACCCUUAUGGUGAGAACAACCGAACUGAUAAUCCUUCUAAAUUAAAUUAUACGAAUUCGAAAAAUAUAAAUAAUACAGGAAAUUCGCGUAACUUGGACAGGUUAAAUCGUGCAGUGAAUGCAGAGGACUCUCGGGUCAGUAAGAAGUAUUACAAUGGAGAUGAUAUUUGCAGUAGCGGUGAUAAAAAUGGUGAUAACAGGGGUGAUAACAGGGGUGAUAACAGUGGUGAUAACAGCGGUGAUAACGGCGGUGAUAACAGGGGUGAUAAUAAGGGGGAAAAAAGAAUUAGAAAGUUUUCUUUCCUACUCACGAGGAAGCGGCUAAACUUCUUUUCUUUUGAAAGCUAUUUAGGUCUAUAUUAUAGUCUGUUGUUCUUUGAAGAAUCCUUUUUUCUAGUUAGCAUGAUGAAUUUAUAUGAAGAUGCAAUACAUAUUUUAAGCCUGUAUUUAAAGAAUCGAAGGUCGAACAAGCUAAAGUUUAUUAACUACCUUAGAACGAUUAAAAAGGAGUUUAAAGAUUAUCGAAAUGAUGGUAGGAGUAGUGGCAAUGUGGACAAGUUGAGCAGGUUGAAGUGCUACUAUUUUAACAACACCAUUACGAACUGUAUUAAGGAAGAAAUGAGAAAGGAAUACACCAAUUUUAUUAAGACAAGCAAAUAUAUUGAUUGCAAAUAUUAUAUAUUUAGAAUUAAUCUGAUGUUAAAUAAAUUGUAUAUAUCAAGUGGGAAUUUUGAAAAACAAGUAAGAUGUUUGAAUGAUAUGUACAUAUUUAAUAAAAAAGAAAAAGAUGAAUAUAAGAUUUUAAAAUAUUAUAGUGAUAUAGUCUUAACUGGUAAUUUUUGUCAAGAUUUUCUUACCUCAAUUUCGAAAUCCAAAAAUAAAAAUAUACUAAUUAUCUUUAGACUUUUUCUAGUUAGAACUAUACAGUAUAAGAAUACUAAUCCAUUUUUAGUUUAUUUAAUUGGAAAUAUAUGCAACUUGUCAUGUAUGAUUGUUAAUGCAGUGCAUGAGUACACAAGAGCUUACACAUUUUUGCUAAAAAAUAGGAAAAUUAACGCGCUCAAAUUACGAGCAAGGGAAGAUGAAUUUAUGCUCGACAAGAUUGAGAAGAUAGAAAGUUGGGAAAAACUGGAAGUUGCGCAAGAGAAGGGGGAUGCUAAUGAUUAUGAUAAUGGUGGUGAUAAUGAUUAUGAUAAUGAUGGUGAUAAUGAUUAUGAUAAUGAUGGUGAUAAUGAUUAUGAUAAUGAUUAUGAUAAUGGUGGUGAUAAUAACGACAAUGAUAACAAUAACGAUAAUGAUGAUGAAUGGCAUAAUAGUUUUGAGGGGAGUCAUAGCAAAGAGGUAGGCCACUCCCAUUUGGAGAAUUUCAACUACAACUGUGUCGAACAACGAGACGAACGAGAUGAACGAGACGAACGUGCGAACGGGGAAAACGAUCCGGAUGAAGAAAAUUUUCUCUUUACCAAGCUAAAACUAUGGACUGAAAAAAGAAGGAAAAACGAAAUUAUAAACAAUUUUGAAAACAUAGCGGAUAAUAUGAACUUUUUAUUUAGUUUGACCACCUCCUAUUUCAACUACACAAGUGGGUACAGAGUAGUCAACCGAGAAUGUGUUAUAAUGACAUCAUUUUGUUUAUUAAAUGAAUACAUUUCAAAAAGAUAUGAACAGAAAAUAUGGAGGAAAAAAAAAAAAUAUAAAAAAUUUUCCCUAUUUUUUAAAAUUUAUAAAUAUAUAUACUUAGCAGAAAUUUUGUACAACCUAGGACGAGCUUUACAUCACUUGUCUUAUUAUAAUGAAUGUAUGAAAUUAUAUUUGGCUGUAAUAGAUUUGAUAAAAAAAGCAGAUAAAGAAAUACAAAUGGUUAUAAAUAUAAAUCAUCUAAAUAUAAAUGAAAAAUUUAUUUACAAUUAUGUCAUUAAUAUGAAGAAGUGCAUGUGUUACACUUGUUUAAAUUAUCCAAUUUUAAAUUAUAAUAAAAAAAGUAUAUAUUAUAAAAAACUUAUUAAUUAUUACCAUAACUUAAAUACUAAAUAUUCGAAUUUCUAUUUGCUCUUUUUUGAUAAAAAGCACCUGCUCUUCUCAGCUUCCUACAAUUUAAGCGUUAUUUUCAGAAAACUAAAUAGGUAUGAACAGGCUAAGUAUGUGUUGAAAAAUAUCAUAUGGGAUUAG